UAUACACCGACAGUCUUGUAUAUCACAUGUAUAUCGAAUGUGACGAUGUGUAUGAGACGAUGAAACGCGAUAUCGCUAGAUUCGAUACGAGCGAUUAUCCACCAGACAACGCGUACGGGAUGCCUCUCGUGAAUAAAAAGGUACCUAGUCUAAUGAAGGAUGAGAAUAACGGUGCGAUAAUGAUAGAAUUCGUCGGACUCAGAGCGAAGAUGUACGCGGUGAGCGUGGACGGCAGAAAAGACAUUAAAAAGGCGAAAGGUGUAAAGAAUAACGUCAUAGCGCGAACAAUAAUGUUCGACGAUUACACACGGUGCUUGAAUGAAGAGAUCGAAAUGAGUGGUGCACUAACUCUAUGUGCCGAAUGCAUGGUUCGUCUGGCGGACAUUAACAUUGGAGUAUUGUAUGUUAAGAAGCACGAGAUAGAUACUCUCAAUGCGCUAAACAGCCGAUUUUGCUUCAAUUGCCAACAGUGUGAUAAUGCCAUGCAACAUGUGCCCAAUUUGCACAAAUUGAAAAAAGACAACAUUGUGAACGAGUCAUAUGCAAGUGUUCCGUGGAAGAGUGUGAUGUGA